UCAGUCGAGGUCGAGCUCUCGAGUUGGUUAAAUCUAAAGAAGUUUUGUCUGAAUACGACGUUACUGAAAAGAUGGCGAAAUUGAUGCUGUACGUCUUUGUAGCGUUGCUAGCUGCGUCUCUUAUCAUGGGCGCUCCCGAUAAGUCUAACUGCGGUCGACAUGGUGACCCUUGCUAUUCUGACUCGCAAUGCUGCUCCAAUAUAAAAUGUCAUCGUUAUGCAAACAGAUGUCAAGUUCAAAUUACUGAGGCAGAAUUGAUGGCGCAACGUGAGAAGAUUUUGGGCCGAAGGGGCAAAGAUUAUUAACGGAUAAGAUUAUUAACGGAUAAGUUUUCAGGGUAUUAGAAUGGUGAUUCUGUUAAUCUACAACGAUUAAUCUAUUAUGAUCUACUUAGAUUUGAAGACUGUAUUUUUAAAAAUUAAAUAUAACG